AUGGCUUCUUCCUCUUCCUCUUCGCCUCGUACCUGGAGAUACCGCGUCUUCACGAGCUUCCACGGACCUGACGUACGUAAAACAUUUCUAAGUCAUUUACGAAAACAGUUUGACGGGAACGGGAUUACGAUGUUCGAUGACCAAAGGAUCGAGAGAGGCCAUACCAUCUCCCCUUCACUCACGCGAGCGAUUAGGGAAUCAAGGAUCUCUAUCGUGAUUCUCUCCAAGAACUAUGCUUCUUCAGGCUGGUGUUUGGAUGAACUGUUGGAGAUUUUGAAGUGCAAGGAAGAUAUUGGGCAAAUAGUGAUGACCAUCUUCUACGAAAUAGAUCCAUCUGAUGUGCGGAAACAAACCGGAGAUUUUGGGAGCGUUUUUAAGGAAACAUGCUCUCGUAGAACGAAGGAGGAGUCGGAAAGAUGGAGUCAAGCUUUGAACGACGUGGGCAAUAUAGCCGGAGAACACCUCCUAAACUGGGACAAUGAAGCGAAAAUGAUUGAGAAGAUUGCAAAAGAUGUUUCAAACAAACUGAAUGUUACACCUUCUAGGGACUUUGAUGGCAUGGUUGGACUCGAGGCUCAUUUGAUGAACAUGAAGUCUUUGCUAGAUUUGGAAUAUGAUGAAGUUAAGAUGGUUGCAAUCUCUGGCCCCGCAGGCAUUGGUAAGACUACCAUUGCGAGAGCUUUACAUAGUCUACUCUCUAAUAGGUUUCAACUUACUUGUUUUGUGGACAACCUUAGAGGAAGCUAUCCCGUUGGUCUUGAUGAGUAUGGUUUAAAGUUGCGUUUACAAGAACAAUUGCUUUCAAAUAUUCUGAACGAAAAUGGUAUGAGGAUAAGCCAUUUGGGAGCAAUAAAAGAGCGGCUAUGCGACAUGAAAGUGCUUAUUACUCUUGAUGAUGUGAAUGAUGCAAGGCAAUUGGAGGCUUUGGCUAAUGAAAUUUCUUGGUUUGGUCUUGGAAGUAGGAUUAUUGUGACAACCGAAAACAAAGAUCUUUUGCAGCAACAUGGUAUUGACAAUACGUACCAUGUAUGGUUUCCAUCUGAUGACCAAGCUCUCACGAUCUUAUGUAGAUAUGCUUUUAGGCAAGUCUAUCCAGCUGAUGGUUUUCAAGAGCUUGCUAGAAGAGUAAGAAAGCUUUGUGGUAACCUUCCACUAGGUCUACGUGUGGUGGGUUCAUCUUUACGUGGGAAGAAUGAGGACGAAUGGAAAUAUAUGAUGCGCAGGCUAGAAACUAUUAUUGAUCGAGAUAUAGAGGAAGUACUAAGAGUUGGUUACGAGAGAUUACAUGAGGAUGAGCAAUCUCUAUUUCUCCAUAUUGCAGUCUUCUUUAACUAUAAAGAUGAUGAUCUUGUCAAAGCCAUGCUUGCUGACAGUAGUCACAAUAACUUCGACAUUGAACAAGGGUUGAAACUCCUAGUCAAGAGAUCUCUCAUAUAUAUGUCUACCAAAGGAUUCAUAAUGAUGCACAAGUUACUACAACAAAUGGGUAGACAAGUCAUCCAAAGACAAGAGCCUUGGAAACGCCAGAUCUUAGUUAAUGCUCAAGAUAUAUGUGAUGUGUUCGAAAAUGAUGAUACCGGAACUGGAAGUUUGUCUGGCAUAUCAUUUGAUACAUUAGGAAUCAAAGAAGUGACUGUAAGCAAUAGAGCUCUUAGACGGAUGCGUAAUCUCCGAUUCCUCAAAGUAUACAAUAGCAACUAUGAUGCGAAAAUCAGAGUGCACAUACCUGAGGAGAUGGAGUUCCCACCACGCCUAAGAUUACUACAUUGGGAGGCAUACCCGAGCAAGAGCCUUCUUCCAACAUUUAAUCCGGAAUUUCUUGUCGAACUUAACAUGCAAGCCAGCAAGCUCGAGAAGCUCUGGAAAGGAACUCAGCCGUUGGAAAAUCUCAAAAGGAUGGAUUUGUCACAAUCAUUGCAUUUGAAGGAACUCCCAGAUCUUUCAAAUGCUACAAACCUGGAGAGAUUGGAUCUGAGUUCUUGUUCAGCUUUGGCAGAGCUUCCAACAUCCAUUGGGAAUCUUCAUAAACUAAAGAAGUUAAUGAUGGGUUCUUGCGAUAGACUACAAGUCAUACCAACUAACAUCAACUUGGCGUCUCUCGAGUGGUUUGAAAUUAGUGGAUGCUCACGUUUGAAAACUUUUCCAGACAUUUCUACAAAUAUUAAGGAUUUCUCUCUAUCAGACACAUCGGUGGAAGAAGUGCCUGAAUCAAUUAGGAACUGGUCUCAACUUUCGCAUUUCGAUACAAGCUACAGUGGAAUUCUCAAGAGCGUAACACAUCUCCCUGAGAGCAUAGAGAAACUGGAUCUAAGCUCUACCGAUAUUGAGAUGAUUCCAGAUUGCAUCAAAGACUUACAAGGGCUAAAAAGCCUUCGUCUAUUUCGAUGCAGAAGACUUAGAUCUUUGCCAGAGCUCCCUGGUUUGCUCGAACUUCUGAUGGCAGAAGAUUGCGGAUCACUGGAGAGAGUGACUUGCCCUUUCAACACUCAAUAUGCUCAACUCAGUUUCAUAAACUGCUUUAAACUCGGUGAAGAAGCAAGGAGAGUCAUUAUCCAAAGAUUGACUCUUUCUAGGCUUGCAUGCUUACCAGGAAAAAUUAUACCUAGCGAGUUUAAUCACAGAGCAAGAGGUAGUUCCUUGACCAUCACGCGUCCUUCUUCUGCACCAUCCACGUUCAAAGUUUGCGUCGUGAUUUCGUCUAUCGAACGCCAACACGUAAGAUACUUCGUAUAUGUUAACCUACAGUGUCGUAUCGUAGGCAGCAAGUGGUGUGAUUAUCCAGAUGUCGUUGGCUUAAACCACCAUUACCAAUCCACUGGAAUUCGAACGGAACAUCUGUGUAUAUUUCAUGCCGGCAUGCCUGCGAUCAUCGACGAAGCCUUGUUUGAGUUUUCCAUCAGCCAAGAUCCAUUGGACGAGUACGAGAUUGUUGAAUGUGGUGUACAAAUCUUGACGGGCGAAUGGGAGAGAAUGACCGACGAGAUAGACCAAGUUUCAGAAGACGAAGACGACGAGUGGAGCGAUGACUUGGAGGAAGACUCUGAAGACAACAGUGAGUGA